UUGGGGGGCCCUAUGUAUGUGUAAGGGUAGAACCGUACUCGACAAUGAAAAAACACCGGUUGGUCUUUCUAAAGUGAACAGCCCAAAAACAAAUCAACCCACCAUUUCAAAACCCCCAAUCGAACCACCAAUUCCGUCAACAAUGGAGUCAUACUCCGGCGCCGGUGGAAUUCCGGCACCAGCAGCAAUCAUAUCAUGCAUCUUUCAAAACUUUCAUGAUCCGACGGUUUAUAUGCGCCGGCGUCGUUUCACUUGUUGUCUGCGCCUUUAUUCUUCCUAUAAAGAGGAGGAACAUGUCAUACUUGCUUAGCGCGUAUGGCAUCCAUCUACACCGUACUUUGAGUAUUCAAUUUUUUACAGCUCACUUGGUUGUAGGUUUUCAGCUUGGGUACACUGUGAUAUUUGGGUCAUAUGCAUCAUUUUUCUUUGUCCACACUGGACACAUAGCAGCAGCACUUGUGUCUACUAUUAAAAGAUGGUAUUGACUUGAACCAUUGUGUAACAGCUGCUGAGUUUAAAUGUCAUGACGAAUUUAAUUACUUUAGCGCUACCUGUAACUGUUAGUUCUGGUUUACAACAUAAGGCUAUGCACAACGGAUCAGCGGGAAUAGUUUUGAUUUUUGAAGUGUACUGGUGGGUGCUUAGUAGGGCAAGUCUUAAGUUCGUUGCGGCAAUCAAAGAAAAUGAUAUGCAUUUGAUAAUGGGAAAUCCGAUAUUGAUCAGCUGCAAGUGUAAAUUUGGAACUUAACUGAAUGUUUGCAUUGGUAUAAGAAAAGGGAAACCGGAAGGUGGAUAUUGGUCACUGAAAAUUUAGGGUCAACAAUCAGAAAGUCAAAGUUAUAAAAAGUCAAUGCUUGACAUAUCGUCAAAACUGUCAAAAAAUCAGUCAAUUAUGCUCAGAUGGCUAAAGAUUGGAUGCUGGUCAACCGUGGUCAAAAUUCAGAAAGUGAAAGUUGAUUUUAGUAAAAGAUGGACAACUGUACAAACUGUUCAGGAGUUAAAAAAAACGACAAUGUCAAGAUCAAGCAGUUAUUAACGACUAAAGUCAAGGCUCUUAAAAGUCCAAAUGGGUUGAUUUGAAGAUGAAGAUUUAUGGUAUUCAUGUUUGUGUGUAUUUCAUUGUCCAUUGGGGUUGUAUUGUUUUCUAGUACAAGGGAAUGUGAGAAAUUUUAGGCCAAUCUACACCCA